CUCGCGGUGUUUGUCCGUGUUAGCGCUGCAGAAGAAGAAUCGCGGAAGAGAGGAAAGGUUUCCUGACGGAUCAGGAUCACCGGGCAAACAAGCUAACUUCCCCAAGAACAGCAGUUUAAUCAGGUUCACAGGUUAGGUAGACACCCCGCCAGAAGACUCAAGAUGACAGCCGCACCUUACAACUACUCCUACAUCUUCAAGUACAUCAUCAUCGGUGAUAUGGGAGUAGGGAAGUCGUGUCUGCUGCACCAGUUCACAGAGAAGAAAUUCAUGGCGGACUGCCCUCACACCAUCGGGGUGGAGUUCGGGACGAGGAUCAUGGAGGUCCACGGUCAGAAGGUGAAGCUGCAGAUCUGGGACACGGCAGGUCAGGAGCGCUUCAGGGCCGUCACCAGGUCCUAUUACAGAGGGGCCGCCGGGGCCCUCAUGGUGUACGACAUCACCAGGAGAAGUACUUAUAAUCACCUGAGCAGCUGGUUGACAGACGCCAGGAACCUGACCAACCCAAACACAGUGAUCAUUCUGAUUGGUAACAAGGCCGACCUGGAGGCUCAGAGAGACGUGACGUAUGAGGAGGCCAAACAGUUCGCUGAAGAGAACGGUUUGCUGUUUCUCGAGGCCAGCGCUAAGACAGGGGAGAACGUGGAAGAGGCCUUCUUGGAAGCGGCAAAGAGGAUUUACCAGAACAUCCAAGAUGGCAGUCUGGACCUGAACGCUGCAGAGUCGGGAGUCCAGCACAAACCGUCCGCGCCGCAGGGAGGCCGCCUCAACGCCGACAGCCAGCCGCCCAAAGAAGGCUGCAGCUGCUAACCACAGACAGAAACUACAGACCCAUCACAUGGACGGACGGACGGAGACGGACACAUACGUACACAGAGAUCCCCUCUCCAGCAGGCACUGACAUGCGUCUUCUAUCCAGAGAGCGUCAACCAGGAUUUAGCUGGACUACAUUUAACAUGGCAGUGGUCCAGCCCAACCACCUGUUGUUAAAUCAGGUCAGUACCCAAAACAAAAUUCAACCAUCUACCACCCAAUCAGACAUUUACCACGUCUGGUUAAAUCAGGACCCCCUCAAUCAAAUCCAUGAACCCACAACUAUCCAGACUUCUGGGCGCCGCCUCUGGAUCAGUCUCAAAUUUAGAUCGGUGUUAGACCAGACAACAACUCCCAAAUCAGGACCAUCCUAGACCUAAACUGGAUCCCAUUCUGCACACAGUGAAUCCAGCUCAAAUCAGCUCAAAUCCUGACCACUCUAGGUCCACUUUUGGACCAAGCUGGGUCUCGUUCCAGGUCACUCACAAUGCCACAAUCCAAAUAUGCAGCCCACGUUCAGGCACGCUUGGGCAAAACCUACAGCAAUCUGGACUACUGUGAGUCCAGAUUAGAAUAGCCAUCAUCCCAGCACCAAGUCUGGACUACUUGUUGGCGCAACUCAAGUAAAAAUUGUCUCAAGAGAAAAAAUAAAGAUUUAAGGCUCAAAUUUGGACCAACUUGGUGUCCCGAGUAUCGCACCAAAAUGUUUUUUUUCCUCAGUUUCAAAUCGGGACAUCGCUAUGGAGAGAUCCAGAGCCUUGGCUUAAGACGGUCCAAAAUAAAUCUGCCUUCUGCCCCCACAUCCAGACAACCAAUUGGGACCCACCAGAACAGGACGGCGAUAAACCCAUAGCAGACGACCUUUUUACCCUUCUUCCAUCUCUGGAGCACCGUUAGCCAAGCUCAUGUGAGGUGGGGGCCUAAAUGUGAGACUACCCUGGUCUCACAUGUGGAACACUAUUAAUCCAAAACACAAAGACGCAAGGCUCAAAUUUGGACAAGCCAUGGUUUCAACGGGACAUCGCUAUGGACACAUCUAGAUCCUAGACUCAGGCUGGUCUGGCCUUGGUUAAAAUUGACACUGCCUUCACCCCACAUCCAGGCUCGCUUGGCCCAAAAGUACAGCCAGCACUAGACAACCAUUUUCCCAAGACGGUAUACGUGGGACGCUUUUGUCCAAGAGACAAAUAAAGAUAUAAUGCUCAAAUUCAGACGAACCUUCAGCCCAAAUCUGGACUACUUCACUAAAAUUCGGAUCACCCAAGUUCCAACUCCGGACAUUCCUAUGGACCGAGCCUCGGCUCAAGCACUACUGCUGUUGGUCCAAAUCAAGGACCACCUGCGGUCCAGAUCUUCAAACCUAGACCUUGAUUUUAGGGUCACAUUUAGUUAUAAUGUGAUCGUGUUAAUGCCCAGUUCUGACAUUCACUCUUUGAUAUGAACUUUUGGAUUUAUAGUCGUACUUAUGUCUAAUACAUAUGUGAUAUCCCGUCUUUAAAGUCCAUGCUUCAGAACCAUAAAUUCUAACACAAGAGUGGCCUGGACACCUGAUCUCCAGGAUUCCUUUUUCCACACAAAACAUUUCUUCCCAUGCUCGAGUUCAUGCCAGUGAACGCCUCAUCUCACUUGUUCUUCAUCCAUGAGUUGCAGCUUUUACACCAUGUUUGUAAUGUGGAUCGGAGACUUUUCAAACGGUUGUUCUUCUGGUCAAAUGCGUCUCUGGAGGCGUUUCUUCUAUGUUAUUUCACUUUGACUGCAGUCACCUCUACAGUAAAAGCCUCGCUUGGCUCCAAACAAACAGGUCUAAAUCAAUGGAAAACCCCUUUUAAUCCCAACAGGAAAGAGACCUGUGGAAACCCUACCCGAAUCCAACAUGCAUAAAAAAAAAUGAAUUAUCAGGUGUACCUGAGGACACUAAGAACCCUGCCUGAACAAAUUAGACUGAAUAUUAUUUGGACCCCGCCUUACUUGGGGUCUGGUUCAGCAGGAUACAGUAGGAACUGAGUGAACCCUUGAAGGCUCUUCACAAACAUAUAUUCACAGACAGGAACCCCAAACACCUUUUUAAAAGACAAAAAUAAUUAAAUAAUUUUGUUUAAGGCAGUUUUGAAUAUUGAUAUCUCUGUGCAGAGGGCAGGUAACGGAUUGAAAUUACUGAACCUGAAUGUCGAUACUGGUCCCCGAGUGGAUCACAAGUUCAGGAUAGAUUUUUAUUAAAUGUUUCUUGUCAAAGUUGAUUUUUAUUUUUUAUUCCUAACGUGUUUCUAAAUAUAUACAGAAUAUUUUCAACGUCACGGCUCCCCCUAGAGGCCAUUUUUUGCGUCCCUCUUGGUUAAGUGUCUGUUGAGGGAAGAAAAAUGGCACAAGGGGAAGCAAGGCAGAUUCUCUUUAUUUAUUACUGCCUGUUUUUGUUAACGUUAGGCCGGGAUUACACUUUACUUGAAUGCUUUAAAGGCCAGUUUAUACUUCUGCCGUCGUGAGCAUUUAUACAUGUGCAUUGGUGCCUGCGUCGCUAUGCAAUUACACCGCCUAGUUGCUAGCUACAAGCUAGUUGGCGGUGCGGUUUCUGUGUUCCACUGUGUUGACUUCUGUUAGCUGAGCCGGCUAACUUCCAGUUUUGCCCUCCCCUAACGUGGGAGUAAAACAAUUUUAGUCCCAAAUAAUAAUAAUGACUUUCCAAAUGUUAUUGACUGAAUGGAUCAAAUUCUGAUAUGGAAACGAGUCAUUUCGUGGGGGCUGUCUGCUUGUUUGGCCACUAGGAAAAUGUGCUUCAAAUCACGGAGCACUUCCUGGAGGCUUGGAGGUAAUGCAAAAUGCUACCAAGCAGAACAAUCACAGUUCUUGCGUUUGCUUGUCAGGCUACCGUAUAGGUGACUUGGCUGUGCGUACGGUACGGUGUAGUGUAGUGUACGCGCCUGCGUAUUGGGUACGGCGUAGAUUUGACGCAGAAGUAUAAAUUGGCCUAAAGGCCUUUGCACACAAAGUCCGUAUUUUUCGUCAGAAAUUGUCGCAAGUUCCGGAAAAGAUUCGAUCUUCAAAAUUUUUUACAUUAGCAUUUUAGCACGUAGGCAGCAGGUCAGACAGUGAUACUCAUGUGGAAGAUGAUGAGGAAGGACAUGUAAUAGAGGAUGAGGACAGUGUCGCCAAAAUCAUCCUCACUGCUUGACGCUUCGGUCUUGCAUUAGAAAUUUUCGCAACAAAUAGAAUAAUAAAACGCAUUGAACUCGGUGUGCAAGGUUUCUGUGCGUAGCAGUUUUUAUCAGAUGAGGGGGAAAAAGCAAAACGAAAUACACGGACUUGGUGUGCAAAGGCCUUUAACUCUGGUUUCUGGCUGAAGGCGUCACACGUCUUACUUCCUCAUGUGAAAACUAAACUGAAUAUUGGUUAGCUCUGCAAACGUAAUGAGACAGAUUUAUUUGUGCGUAAGAGGUGCAAAAAAAUACAAACCCCUGAUAUCUUUUUGCAAAAAUGUGAAAAACUAUGCCUUCUGACAAAACGUCAGACUUCUGCAGUUCAACUCAAAAUGCCCGAGCCUUGAUGUCCUGAAGUGCUUUAGUUUCCUCUAAUGCCGCUAACUGCCACUCAACAACUAAAUGAUUAAAUGUAAAAUGAAUUCAUGGGUGUCGAGUGUGAUCCCGGCGCUACAUGAACCGGUUCUCAGACUAAUAGAGUGGGUCGGUAAAUUUUGUUCUUUAAAGAAGCAUUCCAGCGCUAACUGACUACAAAACAGAAACACCACCUAUGUAGCGCCGCUUAACUUUAUUUUAGAAUGGAUGUUUUGGUCACUAGGGGGCAGAAAAAGACCAAAACAAGCUGACGUUUAAGCCAUUUGAUUCAGUCUUUUAAAAAGAAAUCGAUUAAUACAGCUUUAACCUGAUGUGAUUCUGCUCUCGUUCUCUGAUGCAUUAACGUCAGAUUUACACUAAAUGGAUCAGCUGCCAAGCUUCCAGUUUAUGUCCAGCGUCUCUGCAAAAUGCAUUGUAAAAUAGUAAUCAGUAAUACUGCUUAAAUACCAGGAAGGGUUCGGAGAUGUUUUAUAAAGCUGGAGAAAUGUUUCCCCUCGACAUCCGAAUGAGUCCCAGAAGCAACAAAUGUCACCAACAGGAUGAAUCGGAUCAAUCAAGAGAAUUACACAUUAAUCAAAAUAAUCUUUUCAAUAAUCUUCCAUCAGUUGAAAAAUCAAGUUUUCUAAAGUUAAUUGUUUAUUUUAUAGUUUCCUUUUUCCCCCAGUGUUUUUAAGGAAAAUGGGAAGUAUCGAGAGGAAAAUGAGAAAUAUGAUAACCAAAUUAAACGAGCUAGUGGAAAGGAAAUGUGUGUUUCGGCUUGAAAAAAAACACUUUAAUUCAGAAUAAUAAAAAUAUCAGUGUUGAGAUUCAAAGCCAAAGUUAUGAGAUGUUGAUUCACCUACUAAUAAUCAUGAUUUAAAGUCAUAAUCUUGACUUGUAUUUUUAUCAUGCCUCCGUGUUUCCUGGUGAUCGUUUUCACUGAUCUAACACUUCUGACUCACAGUGACAUGAGUUGUCUUUUAUUGUAAGUGUAAUUUGUUAAAACAUUUAAAAAUGUAUCACUUUUAUUAACGAUGUGGAGGUAAAGUAAGAAAUCUAUUAACUGAAAUGAUUUAACUCUGUAAUGUACAAACUCUACUUAUCGGUGACAUUUGUCUCCUCUGGGACUCUGUACUUGUUGCGCUUUAGUUCUGAAUAAAAGUUUGUUUAGACUUUAAAAGGCUUGGAGGAAGUUGUUUUGCUGUUCUGGCUCACUCUGAUCUCCCCGUCCUCCGUGAGACCGCGGUUCAGAUCCUGGUCUCCCUCAGACCCCGUGUACAUAUCCAGUCAGAACUCAAGUGUUAAGGAUCUCAAAGCCAAGUGCUGUUUGUGUGUCCAGGCUUCACUGAGGACUUCCUGGACCACUUCCAACACAAAACCUGGUUUUUAAACUGUGUCCACGUCUGUCUGAAUGGGGAGUAGUUUGAUUUUACUCUUCGUUGUCCUCUGAUUGGUGGACAGCAGCCUUCUGCAGCAGUGAUGCUUGAUUUAUGAAUGAAGUCCUCACUGUAAAAAACAACAAACAACCCAACACAUCGCAGGUUUUCAGACAUCUUGUUACUUUUCGUCACUUAACAAACUGCACGCUGCAUUCGCUGGAGGAAAAAGAGCUUUUUUUUUUUUGUAGUUUUUCCUUCGUUGACGCUUGUGUUUUGAAGUUUUUCAGGAACCAAAGGGUCACAAAACAGGAAGUCAUUGGAUUCACAAAAGAAACAAAAACCCUGCAGGUUAAAGUUCUGUUGUGACGGCCGCCUUAAGCCUCCCUCGCCAAAGAAAAACACAAGCAUCUAAUUAAAGAAAACACUCAAAUUUAAAACGCAACAGAAGAUGCCACUGCCUGCUUACAGCAGUGCCAGGUCUGCAGUGGGCAGCGUUGUUGUAGCGUAAUCGCCUUUAAAUUGGUAAAAUAUGUACGUUUAAAGACGCUCACCCUGAUAUAAACGUGACAUCUCCAUUUGUUAAUAAUACAACAGAUGUAACCAGGCUGAGAACCUCUGAAACUGCAGGUCAGAGUUGUUCGGUUGCAACGUGCUCCGUGCAGUUUACUCUUUUUCUUUCUGUAAUGUCUAUUGAUUGUCUGCUAAAGUAACGAACAUGCUUCCUAUGAUUCUUCUUUGACUAUUUAUACUCUUAAAUCAGUAAUGAUUUUCUUCAGCUGUACCUUUUCAUUGUGGGGAUUCAGUUCUUUGUAAAUAAAGUAUAUAUACUGUAUA